CUGGACAAAACCGUCUUUAUUAAACUAUAAAUGCUUUUCUAACCGCCCGUUUCUGCCUCUACAAGGUGGUCGUUAAACCUGCGGCCGCCUCGGUAAAUAUUUUCUGUCGGCAUGAAUCUCGGAGAUGGCCUGCUGUUUGAACUUGAAAAUGGGAAACCCAGGUUGAUUUUACUCAGCCAUGGUGUUGAAAAGAAUCCAGCAAAGCUGUCCAUCAGGCCCAGAGCGGCUAACAUCCUCAGCUCCAGGCAGCCGUCCUGUGUGGAGGAAGUGCAGGUAGAGGAGCGUCCAGCCCGUCUGCAGGCAGGGAGACAUAAAGAGGCCAAGACCAAGGCAGGAAGAGCAGCUGCCAACACCGCCACCACUGGAGGGAGAAGCACCACUUUGAUAUCAUCCAAGACACAUGAGCAUCACAACGGGGGCGGCAUAAAAGCUGUGGCCAAGGUGAAAUCAGAUAGACACAAACACGGCUCCACUGUUGGAUCCCUAAGAGCCAAUGGGAAAACAGGACAGCCUCAGAACAGUGGGACACAAGCUGGUGGAAAGGCGGGACUAAAGGACACGCUGGCCAGUGGGGGUGCAGGGCUGAAGGACAGCAUGGCGGUUCUGACCAGUGAGCAGCUACAGCAGAUCCUCCACACCGUCCAGACCUCCAGCAAUGGUGAACAACCAGGAGAGGACCACAGGACGCAGGGUAGCGGCAGUGAUGGCUCGAAAUCUGGCACCUCAUUGCAUGAAGGAGGACGAGGAGGAGAGAUGAAGGAGGCAGACAGAGGAGGAGGAGGAGCAGAGGAAGGAAUAAAGGAAGAUGGUGGUGGAGGAGUGACUGAUACAACUGGAACCUCUCAGGAUAAAGACAACAGGUUGUCUGGAUGUUUGUUCAGCUGGUUGGAGGAGGGACAGUCAGGCGGCAGAUCGGCCAUCGACGCCAAGAAGGCUCAGUGGAGGAGAGAACUUGACGAGCAGGUGGCACUGAAGCAGCAGCAGCGCUCGGCCUCUGGCAGACUCCAGGCUGAGGAGGACACGGAGAGUUUGUUAUCAGUUCAGAGCUCCAUCAGCCACAGAGAGCAGCCUUCAGCCAUCAGAUCCAGCCUCAAACUCGGGGAGGUCACGCCAGUGGAGGAGUUGUUGAGUGUUGGGAGGAGAGAGGAGCAGAGGAGACGCUGGCUGGAGGAGCUGGACCAACAGAGAGAGGAGACGACUGAACGUAGGAGACGAGAGAAACUGCUGCAGAACCAGGCAGAAGACCACGAGCUCUGGGCCACCCACUUUGACUCGCUGCAGAGGAGGCCUCCUGUCCACACUGCAGCUCCAUCAGCCCCACCUCCUGCCCCAUCCAGCGCAUCUGAGCGAGGGGACUGGGAGCCCUCGUCCAGCCUAUCCCUAGUCUGGGAGGCCAUGAGCAGCUGUGGAGCGGAGAGCGCCGGGCGGGCCAGCGUGGAUACGACCAGCGGAUACCCGAGCAGAGCCAGUUAUCUGAGGACCAUGACUGCCCUGCUGGACCCCACCCAGAUAGAGGAGAGAGAGAAGAGGAGGCUCAAACAGCUAGAGCAGCAGCGAGCGAUCGAAGCCCAGAUGGAGGAGCGUCGGCGGCAGAAGGAAGAAGAGAGGGCGAGAAGGAGGGAGGAGGAGGAGGACGAAGAGAGGAGGGUGGCGCUGGAGAGGGAGAUGCUGCAGAGACAGUAUGAGCUGGACACACUGAGGGAGAGGCAGAAGCCGAGCCAUCCGGCAGAGGAGCCGAAGAAAGGUCCCGGUGAUGACAGAUUGCAGGAGACACUGGAGCCCAGCGCAGUUACAAGACAGGCUGAGCAUUUGGAGGAGGAGGUCAGCAGUUCAGUCUCCCCAUACAAGGACACCGCUGUACAGACAGAAGCAGCUUCCUCUCUCCCGCUCGGAGCAGACGACGUUUCUGCGCAGUACCAGCCGCCUCCUUCUCUGUCUGCUGCUCCUCCAAACAGCAGGAACCGAGCAGUGAGCACCGGCAAGGAGAACAUCUGUCUGCCUCGAGGAGGAGCAGGAGCAGGAGCAGACCCAUAUGAAGCAUUUGCACGGACGGACAGGAGCAGGAGAGAGAAGAGGAGGCCGGAGUGGAACACACAGAGGCCCAGCCGUCGGUUCGUUCCAGCCUCGGAGCGUUACCCGGCCGCUCUGCAGAGGAACAGACAGGAGAGUCGACUGAAGAGGCAGGCCGAGCUCCUCGCCCUGCAGGAGAGGACCUGCCAGUCCAGGACCGACCCCCCUCCUCCUCCUCUCUCUGAGCACCAUGCUCCUCGUCACUGCUCCAACCACACACGGACCAGAACCAGUCCGAACAGUAAGGGGGAGACUGUUUCCAGAGGACAGAGCAUCUCUGCAGCCAUCAACAGUGAAAGGGGGCGCUCUCCUCCCGUCCCUGCUGUCAGACUCAGAGUGCAGACUCAGCAGGCCUCUGGCCCUCUUCCUCCUCCGGCCCUGGAGUACAUUCCCUACGUCCGGACUGAUGAAGUCUUCAACCUGGACCCGCUGGAACCUGCUGACACACCCCCACCUCACUCACACACAGAAGCUCCUCCUCAGACCUCAGUGUCUCCUCCUUCUCCCUCACGCCAAGACCCCCUUCUCCACCCUGAGCUGCUUCAUAAAACACACACACACCGACAGCAGGAGAUCCUGAGAGGCCUGGCUCAGCUACGGCAGGGUUUAUUACAGAAGCAGAGGGAGCUGGAAGCGGACCUGAACCCUCUACUGAAACACCAGGACAAGGAGGUCCCGUCGCCCUCGGCAACACACCGCAUGUGACCUCUGACAACUACACUUCACAGGUGGAUGCUUUGUGUGUGUGCUGACAGUGAUCUCUGAGUUUUUCUGAGCAGAAGUGACGCUGAAUCAGCCGUCAUGAGAACAUUUAACAGAAAGCCUUCAGUGUUUUCUGGAGCUCAUUCAGUCGUCCGACACCUCGACGCUCACUGAGUUUACUACAUCAGAAAAUCAACAAACGCACUGCAGCAGAUUUUCAAAGUAAAGCUGAUUGUGUCAGAUUGAGUUUAAGUUUUGUGAUGCCUGAACUCAAGUUUGGGUGAGAAACAUUUUAUGUGACGAUUGUAUUUUAAAGUUUUGUUCAAUGCACUUUCCACAACACUGACACUAUACCAGACAGGUAUUGAGUUUUACCUUUUUCUUCCUGGGUUGGGGUUGCAGCAGAGGCGGCACCAGACUCCUCCACUUCCUGCAGAGGAGCAGUGCCAACUUAUUUAUAUCAUGAUUGAGAGAAGUGUUUUUGUUUCUUCAGCUUCCUGCUGGCCGAGGAGCUUCAUCUUUCACUUUAUGCUUCUGUGUUGUGUAGUUUUUUUUAUGGGUUUUACUGUAU